UCUAGAUCUAUAAUUUUUUGUGUCCAGACAAACUACUCUCGGGAAGUUUUGUACGAGCCACUGCCCUGCAGCCAAAACAAUGAGACCCGUGGCAUUAAUUUUAGGGUUUAAGACAUUGUGGGUUUUGGCAUUUUCGUCUCUUUCCAACACUCUGGCGGUGAAUAACAGUGGGAGAUGGUGGGGCAUCAUCAACGUGGCCUCUUCCACCAACCUGCUGACAGACUCCAAGAACGUGCACCUGGUGCUGGACCCCAGCCUGCAGCUGCUGAGCCGCAAGCAGCGGAAGCUGAUCCGCCAGAACCCCGGUGUCCUGCACAGCAUCAGCAGCGGCCUGCAGAGCGCCAUCAAGGAGUGCAAGUGGCAGUUCCGCAACCGCCGCUGGAACUGCCCCACCACCCAGGGGCCCCACAUCUUCGGCAAGAUCGUCAACCGGGGCUGUCGGGAGACGGCGUUCAUCUUCGCCAUCACCAGCGCUGGCGUCACUCACUCCGUGGCCCGGUCCUGCUCCGAGGGCUCCAUCGAGUCCUGCACGUGUGACUAUCGGCGCCGCGGCCCGGGGGGCCCCGACUGGCACUGGGGGGGCUGCAGCGACAACGUCGACUUCGGCCGGGUCUUCGGGCGCGAGUUCGUGGAUUCCAACGAGAAGGGGCGGGACCUGCGCUUCCUGAUGAACCUGCACAACAACGAGGCGGGACGGAUGACGGUCUUCUCGGAGAUGCGGCAGGAGUGCAAGUGCCACGGCAUGUCGGGCUCCUGCACCGUCAAGACCUGCUGGAUGCGGCUCCCCACCUUCCGCACAGUGGGCGACUUCCUCAAGGACCGGUUCGACGGCGCCUCCCGCGUCAUCUACGGCAACAAGGGCAGCAACCGGGCCUCGCGCGUGGAGGGGCCUCACCUGGAGCCCGAGAACCCGGCCCACAAGCCGCCCUCCCCCCACGACCUCGUCUACUUCGAGAAGUCGCCCAACUUCUGCACCUACAGCGGCAAGACGGGCACGCCGGGCACGGCCGGGCGUUUCUGCAACAGCUCCUCCCCCGCCCUGGACGGCUGCGAGCUGCUUUGCUGCGGGCGGGGCUACCGCACGCGGACCCAGCGCGUCACCGAGCGCUGCAACUGCACCUUCCACUGGUGCUGCCACGUCAGCUGCUUGAACUGCACCAACACACAAGUGUUGCACGAGUGCUUGUGAGCCGGGGCCAGGUGGGAGGAGGGGGACGGAGGCAAAGACCUUCCCUGGGGGGGGGAUCAAAAUCAGGGCCCCACCCCCAUCCCGCCUAGCAAGGUCACCGCAUCCGAGCAGCCGCUGCAAGCCGGAUUCUGCAGCCCCGUGACCCCGGAGCUGCCGCUCUCAGUGGCAGACCCGGCCCCAGAGAAAGGUGAGGGCCUGGCAGACAUGAGGGGAGGGGCCGUCCUCUCCAGAGCCCUGCAAACUCUUCCAGGCCAGGACACCUGCAGGGGCGUCAGAGAUCAAUCACCCAGUGGUGACCUGAAGGGCCGUGGCAGUCCCCUCCCUGUCACUCCGCAGGGUCUUAUCCCUGGGCGCGUUUGGGCGAAAAGGGCUGGAUCGGCAGCCUGGAUCCCUGCGCGGCCCUGGCUAAACCUCUCCCCGCCCCAUGUCCUGGGGGUGGGUCUCCACAGCCCAGCGCUGGCCUCUGUCUGAGCCCCAGCCUGGGACCCCCAGCCCCACCUCCACGCUGCUCAGUCACCCCCCGCCCCGUCCGAUGCUCCCAGCCUCCCCCUGCUGCCGGGGUGGCCAGGUCAAAGGCAGCUCGGAAAGCGCCCGCGAUUGCCCCUCGGACGAGUGUUCACAGCACUCACCAAAUGCCGCUCGUUAGCUUCUUGGACUCAGAGCACUGUGCCGGGAACAGGGGAGAAAACGCUGGCCGGUCAGCGGGCCGGUCUGGCGCGCGCGGACGAACCAAGGCUGGGAAUUUGGUACGUAACGUGCACUGAAGAAGUGGUCGGAAUCGCCAGUUUUGUUUUGUAAAUAAAAUAUUUAUUGUGAAUGGUUUUAUACCCCUUAGUGCCGGCCCGGCCUUGCCAACCGGUGGGUGUCCUAGACGAUCCCUCUCCUCUGCCUUUGACAAAGAUCCC